AUGCUAUCACGAAAAUUCGAGGCGCGGCGCCUCCUGUUCGCCGCUUCCUUGGCAGCGAUAGCUGGUGCCUGUGGCGCCUUUGGCUUCGUUCAGCCGAUAGGAGGCGUGUCGCCUUCCCUUGAGCGAUUGAGCUCCGCCCGACCUUCCCAGAGCGGCCCCAGGCUGCGCCCUGACGGCUUUGUUCCGUGUGCGGCUGCUCUAUGUGCGUCGGCAAUAGCUGUCACUGCUCGCGCUUGGCUCACGGUUCGGCGCGCCGUGCCAACACAGAAGCGAAUCCCCGUCGUCAAUCUGGCUGGCCAGAAGAUCGGCGAGGAAGAGCUGCAGCUUCGAACGUUUAGCCGAGAAACGGCCAACUACUGCGUCCACCAGGCGCACACGAUCUACAAGUACCAGCAGCUGCCGUUUACGGCAUUCAUCAAGCGUCGAAGCGACAUGAAGAAAGGAAAGAAGCUUUGGAAGAACAAAGGCGUAGGCAAAGCUCGCAUGGGCACAAUAUACAGCCCGCUCUGGGGCAAGUCGGCCACCAACAAGAAUCGGCACGGCCUGGACGACCGCAAGAAGAAGUUCCUUCCUAGGUUGUUCCACUGCAAGGCCAUCUCAACCGUUUUGCAAAGCAAGUGGAGGUGUAUGAAGAUCGUGGAGGGCCUGGAGGACCACUUUGAGGAGCCCCGGUACUACGAGCUGAGCGACAUGGUGAAAGCCUGGACUGGCAUGAAACCGGGCAUCAAGCAGACGCUGAUGAUCACUCGCAGCGGCUAUGGUGAGGAGCACAAGUAUUGGUGCCUUCCGACCAAGGAGAGCUUUAGGAGUCCGCUGUACAUGGCCGGGCGUCUGAUUGAGAAUUUCUCCAUGCGACGCCCUCGCGACAUGGAUCCGGACAGCGACGGGCUGCACCAAGCCUUGCUGGGCAGAAGAGUCAUCAUCUCCCGUGAGGCCUUCUUCGAUCUUAAGGCGAAGUUUGAUGCGCAUAAUGGAUGGGCUUUCAAAAGCCCCAAGAAGAUCCUGGUCCAGCAGAUGCAGGAUCUCGUGAAGGAGUACCCUUACGACCGCGAGGCAGAGUUCGAGGCUGCGCGCGAGGUGCCGAAGAAGCUGGCCGAGCGCGAGUUCUGGGCCAAGGAGGCGCGGCGCCCGCGCCUCGUCCUGGCGGCUCUGGCCGCGGCGGCGCUGGUGGUGGUCUCAUCGGGCUUUGCCAGCUGCUUUGCCUUUGCGGGCGGUCGUCCUGCGCUCUCGCCGGCCCGCGGACGAGUCCUCCGAGCAGAGGCAGAAGAUGCAGAGGUAGUGGACGUGGAUGUGGAGGAUGAUGAGGAUGAAGAGGAGCUGUCUACAGAUGCAGAGCCCGAAUCAGUCUUUGAUGGCUCCAGCAAGCAGUUCAGCAUCUCUUGGUACAACAAAACCAAGUACAAAGUCUUCUCCGACGGGAUGUACGAAAUAGCCAAGACCGGCGAGACGGGCGAGUGGAGCAAGUAUUUCAAGAUGCCACAGAGCGAGGUGGAGAGGAGGAAGCCGAAGCUCAUGUUCGAGUACUUCAAGAAGAUCCGGAAGUGGCGAAGGAAGAUGGGCAUGUGCCGCUACCCUAACGGCCACCUCAAGUUCAUCGUCAUGAUGAAGGACCAUCCCUUCACCCGCGAGAUCUACGGGGACAAGUACGCAGAUACGCCAAAGUGGAUCUACAACAAGGGCGAGGUGAAGCGAAAGGAGAUGGUCAAGCGCGCCCGCAAGCUGGAGUUGAUGCUCCGACGAGAGGACGAGGAGAGGCGCUUGGACAGGCUGCGGGAGAUGGGUGUCUGGACUGGCGAGCCAAGCUGGCACCGAGAUGCGGAGAGAGACAUGCGCUGGCGCCCACGUCAUGCGAAGGGGGCCUGGCGCUAG